CUUCAAUCAAAUUGCGCUCGUCCAGAAGACGUUGUGCGUGCUCAACUCUUGAAAGCGACAGGCUGGUGGAGUUGAAAAUAUUCUGAUUACAAGAUAUUGAACAGUUCCCUUUGUAUUGACUUUAACAUUGAAACCGUGCCAUUGACAUUAAGAUGGAGAGACGAGACCAUUUUGAUGUGCUGAUUGUUUGUCCUCAGUCAUCUGAUCUCAUGGCUGCUUGUGAUGUGUUUGAACAUAACACAAACAGCAAGUUUAAAGCAGAUCACAUUGAUUUGCCUUACAAUCUUCAUCUAUGCCGUAACUGGAAUGGCUCACCUUUGGAUGUUGCCAUGGUAGCUCAGUUUGAGUCUGGUGGCAUCGAGGCUACAAAGUUUGUUGCUGAUUUGGCGAAACAUUUCUCUGCUGGUUUGAUUGCAAUGACGGGCAGUUGUGCCACAAAGGAGGACGAGAACAGCAGAGUAAAAUAUGGAACAGUCGUGGUGUCCAGGAGAACAAUAACAACAGAGUCGGGAGAGUCGGAGAAGUCAGAUGAAACACAUCAACUCUAUCCCUGCAAGUUAGAUGACCGGAUUUUAUUAGCAAUGGAAGAACUCGUUCAGAUGGAAAAGCCUGUCUGGUUGGAUUACAUUCCUUCUGGAUCUGAUUGUCCCAGUCCACGGUAUGUGAAGGAACUAUUGCUGAAAUGUGUUUUGGACAAUGAAGGUAUGAGGAAGACAGACCUUCUUGCUGCCGUAAAAUCCAAACUCUCUGGCAUUAAUGUACGUAUUAUUAAUGAGGUUUUGGAAAAGAUGCUGAAGGAAGCAGAGCCUUGGAUUUAUGCAAAAGGCAGUAUUUUUGAGUAUAUGUCAACGAACGAAGGAAAGUCGUAUGCCAAAAAUCAAUCCUUGUUUCUAUGUGGAGACAAAGAUGCUGCCGCUUCUGUCGUAUUUGGAUCUAUUGGAUCAUUACAUAAUGAGAUAGAGGAUGUCGACAGGCAGAUGAAGACGUUGACACAACUUACAGGAGAUGACGACAUAAAAGCUAUUGAUAGAGAAGCUCAUUUCUUUAUGAAAGAAGCAAUGGACAGUUUCAGAUUCGGAUCAACUGACAACGUGCAAUAUGGAUUAUGUGUUGUUGUGAAGGGAAUAUCCGACUACGGCACAGAGAGCAGCAAACUGAACUACUACAACAUGCAUCGUGUUGCAUCAGCAGCAUUUUUGAGACAUUUUGUUAUACAGAAUGUUUCCAUGAUCAAGUCUCAGUCAUUUGAAUGUCAACUGUUUGAUUUGUCUGCUGAUGUGGCCACCGAUUGGCGUGAUGUAGCUAAACGUUUUGGUAUGAGCAGGCAUGAUGUGGUGACGAUAGAAAACGAAGUUCACUUAGAAAGUGAUCAAGUAGAAAGACAUCGAGCAUAUCGUAUGUUAUGCAAGUGGCGUAUUAGCGAAGGCGACAAGGCAUCUCUAGAUAUUGUAAAAGUUGAACUUGAGCACGUCAAAGAGCAACAGAGAACUGCAGCAUUUGGCAGUAUCACUUUUCCUAAUGAUCUAAUGACAGAAGAUAGGCAGUUUUGUGGACGAAAAGCAGAACUGCAGAUGUUAAAAACAACAUUCUGGAGAGAACAUGCUGGAUUUAUACCUAUAGAGGAGUUUUGCUUUGUGGUGAUCAAAGGAAUGGGCGGAGUGGGGAAAUCAUCUUUGGCAGCCAAAUUUGCAUUGCUAUGGAAACAUCUGUAUAGUGAUGGAGUGCUGUAUUUCAAUGCAGAAUCAGAAGAAACAUUGAUAGGCUCAAUCAAACAAAAUCUUACAGUUUUGCGUCCUGCUGCAGAUGAGCAAUUAGAUUCAAAAGAUGAGAUCAAUGAAAUGCUGCUCUCUCAUGUCGAAAAGCAUUCUAAGAUGUUACUGGUUUAUGAUGGUGCAGACAAUCUCUCUUUUCUGCACAAAUUCUUAUCUCGUCCUCCUACUCGUGUGCAUGUGCUAGUUACAACUCGAUGUGGUGAUUGUUCUGUGUUGCAAGGCGUUAAUCGUGUUAUUCAUCUUGGUGGUUUGAAAGAUGAAGAUGCUGCUGCAGCAUUAGCCACAUGGCGUGAUCAACCACUAAACAGCGAAGAAGUUGUGGCAGCCACUAAGUUGUCAAUUAGUCCUCCCAUACAAAAUCUCCCAAUUGCUCUUGCUCAUGCAGGCAGAUUUGCUCAAAAGGCACGUCUAAGUUACAAAGAAUAUUACGAACUGCUGAAAACAGAAGAGGUGAAGCUUGAGGCUUAUGCUUUAGAUCUCAACAAACUAUUGCACUACUUCAGGGCUAGUCAUCUGCGUCAGGAAUUGCUAGAAAUGAAUGUGAAUCAACCUGCCGAUAUCAAUGACAUAGAAAUAGAAUGGCUAGAUCUGAGUGACGAUGAUACUGAUGUUGUCCAAAAUAUAAGCCAGUGUAUGUCUUUAUCAAAAGAACAACAGGUUUACCUCACAUGGCAAACGGACAUUGACUUGGUGGAAAGAGAACAUCCAGAGGCUUUGUCUCUUCUUGAAUAUGCAUCAUUUCUGUCUUCAAGGGACAUUCCAGAGAAGCUAAUUCAUUCUCUUGUGUGUAGUGAAUCUGCCAACGAUGCAUACAGUUUGUGUGUUUCAGCUCUCUCUUCACACUGUUUAACCGAUAAGCAUGAAACAGCAGAGGGUUGCAAUAUUAGCAUCCAUCCGCUGGUUCAGUCGGCAGUGAGGGAGCGCAUCAAACAACGUCCAGAUGAAAUAGAACGUAAACUAACUGAUCUCUGCAACAGUUUAUUAUCUAUUUUACCAGAAAGUAGUAGCGACAUGUUGGAUGUGCAAGCUAGUGAACAGUAUCAUCGUCUUCUUCCCCACUUGUCUUCACUGGCUAAGAAUGUGUUGAUGUUUGGUGUAAGAGCAUUGACUUGUUUGCUUGUUGUCAAACGUUCGUGUACCAUUCUGAUGUCUUACCAGCAAAUCGAGAAGGCUUGCUAUUUGUCAGCACAGCUGUAUGAUGUUUUGAGUCACAUGCAUUUCGAAUCAGACACUGUCAAACACACGUGGCUUAUUCAAGCAAUGGCUCUACUUGGCACUGCAUGUGCUAUGAAACAGAACCGGCAGAGAGUAGUUGGUCUCUUACUUGAUGCUAAGAAGAUGGUUAAUGAAUUACAACCAGGAGACAAGAACGAAACGUUCAAACUUUAUUUUAAUGUUUUGCUGAAAUUGUUUGAAUGCUGUCGAGUGCAGAACGACAAUGAAAAAGCAAAGUCUUACCUAGAAGAGGUGAUGAUGCUGGAGAAACAUUCAACAGAUGAAGAUUCAGUCAGAAUUGCUAGAAUUGAAUGCAUGAUGGGACACAGCUGUAUCAGUUGGGAUGAAAUGGGCACAGCAAUGGAAGAAUUAGAUUACAAGUUAAAGGCUCAGUAAGGAGUUUUACCAAACACAGUGUGCACAGUCAAUCUAAAUCAUAAAAAUUUCAAGACACGUUUGACACACUAGAAGCAUUACAUUUGUUGAACUCUCUUUAAUUAAUGACUUGCUAGACUACAAAUUGCGCGAUUUUUGCUGCAAAGAGCAGUAAAAGCCUUAGGUAGGUGUUCUCAGUCAAUUUGCAUUUUGUACUCUAUUGGAAUGUCUAUAUUGAAUGGUUAUCCUAAUUAAUUAAUUGGAA